AUGGAUGGCGGAGCGACUCCAGCAGCUGGCGCAGCAGGCUCUAGUGGCAGCGCAGCCAUGACCAAGGACCCCGAGAUCAAGUACAUCUGUGGCGACUGCGGCAUUGUCAACUACUUGUCGGCGCGGGACCCUAUUCGCUGCCGCGCGUGCGGCUACCGCAUCAUGUACAAGGCCCGUACCAAACGUCUCAUCCAGUUUGAAGCCCGAUAA